UUGCUCUACAGGGGCGGGCGAGUGGGCGAGGGAGAGACACGCGAAUCUUUCGGGUUAGCGCCCUCAGUUGGGGAUUAAUGGAGUCGCCGACCAGAUCCCGGGGCGGGGCCGGAACCUCGGGAGGGGAGCCCAGCCCACGUGGUCGCUGCCAGUGGACACCUAGGACUUCGCGGAGCAGGCGCCAAGCAGCAUAAUGCUCACCAGGUCCAUCCAUGCUUUGCAGAUGCUUAGCCUGGUGGCCAGGAUCCUGCCCCAUCUUAGAAACCAGGCCAUGGCAGCUGUGUUCCUGACAGCACCAUGGAAGGAGUUGCUGUCCUUUGAGGAUGUGGCUAUGUACUUCACCAGAGAAGAGUGGAACAAACUUGAUUUGGCUCAAAAGGACCUCUACAGAGAUGUGAUGCUGGAGAAUUACAGAAACAUGAUUUUGUUGGGAUUUCAGAUUCCAAAACCUGAGGUGAUCUGUCAGCUGGAACAGUGGGAAGACCCAUGGAUCCUGGAUCUACCAAGAGCUGGGACUAGAAGGGCUUCCAGUAGUGCUUGCUCAGGUUCUGAAGCCAGAUACCAGAUGAUAAAGCUAACUCCAAAGCAGAAAAUUUCUGAAAAUACAAAGUCAUGUAAGAUACCAGUGGUAAAGCAGAAGACGGCCAUGACGCUUUCAGAAAAGUUACUUAAAUUUAACAAAUUUGUGGACAUUUACAGAGUUGUACUUCCUACUGUUGAUAAUGAAUACAACAAGUACUUCCUUCAAAACCUUAACCUUUUUCAAGAUCAGAAUGGUCAAACAAGUAAGAAGCAGGGCAAAUAUAAAGAGUAUGGAAAACCCUUCAAUCAGAGAUCAUUGUUUUUGAGGCAUAAGCAAAUUCUGACAAAUGCAAAAUCUUAUGAAUGCAGUGAAUGUGGAAGAGCCUUCAAACGCCAGGCAAAUUUUGUUCGACAUCAGAGAUUUCACACUUCAGAGGAUCCCUUUGAGUGUGACAUAUGUGGGCAAGCCUUCAAACAGAAGUCUGCUCUUACUGCCCAUAAACAGUGUCACCCUCAAGAAAAGCCAUAUAAAUGUCAUGAAUGUGGAAAAUAUUUCCGUCAGAUGGCAUAUCUUGUUGAACAUAAAAGGAUCCAUACCAAAGAAAAACCCUAUAAAUGUAGUGAAUGUGAAAGAACAUUUAGUCAGAAUUCAACUCUAAUUCGACAUCAGGUAAUCCACAGCGGAGAAAAACCCCAUAAAUGCCUUGAAUGUGGAAAAGCCUUUGUUCGGAACUCAACCCUUAAGAGCCAUCAACAAAUUCACAGUAAACAGAACGUUCACAAAUGCAGUGAAUGUGGAGAAUCCUUUGGUCGGAAUAUAGAUCUCAUUCAGCAUCAAAGGACCCAUACUAAGGGGAAAGUAUUUGAAUGUAGAGAAUGUGGAAAAACUUUUAGUUUUAAGUCAAAUCUUCGUCGACACAAGGUCAUUCAUAAUGGAGAGAGACCCUAUAGAUGUGACAAAUGCGGGAAAUCUUUCAGUUGGCGCACAAGCUUUAUUAAGCAUCAGAGUACUCACAGAGAGCAGGUAUCUACGUGACUAAUGAGAAAAGCUAUAAUUUAAAGACCAGUACUUGUCACUAUUGCAAGUAUAUGUAAUUAGAUCAUUUUACAAAAAUUAAUAAACAAGAGCCGAAGUCCAUCUUUCUGUGGGGGCCCUCAUUUUGUAGGUAACCUCGCUGUAGUCCAGAAUUAAUAGAAAAUGUGAUAGGCUGUUGUAUCGUUUCACUUGAGCCCCUAUACCUUUGUUCCCCCCAAGUCAAGUUAAGGCAUAAGGGAGGCUUGGUAGCUUUGCUCUGUGGUCCCCCAGGCUGGAGAUCAUUUAAUAUAUUGUGAAUGAUUUAAGAAGGCCUUUCUUGGUUCUACACAGAAUAAUGACUUGAUAUUGAUAGGCUGUUUAAAAGUAAGUACCACUUGUAGCUAGUGAGGUAUUAAGAAUAAAAAUUUUUAAUAAAAUUUAGUGUUCUACUGUAGUGAUUUUCAACGUUUUUCAUCUCAUGGCACACAUAAACUACUAAAACUCUGCGGCACAUCAAAAAAUAUAUUUUUGGCCGAUUUGCCCAAAAAAGUAGGUAAGAUUUUGAUUCAUUCACACCGGAAAGCUACUAUUGUGUUUCUGUUGUCAUUUUUUUUUAUUUGACAAUCUAAGGGAAAAGAGGUUAGCACCCCUGACUAAAUGGUCAGGUAUUGCAUAUUUAAGAAAUUCUUCCCGCAUAGCAGUGUGCUGGUGAAAAUUACUACAUUCUAUGAAGAGUUCUAAGCCAGUGCUUACAGCAGAUGCUGUUGGUGCCUGCUCCUGCCCCUUUGGCCAUAGCCUCUCUGUGUGUUUCAUUUGCCUUGCACUCUCUUCAUCUGUUGGUCUGCAGGCUUUUUCUAAAAUCAUGAAAGGCCACUACUCUGUAUAUCCUGGGAGCAGGCUUUACCCAGUGCUUGAUGGGAAUUUGAUAUAAACCAGAUCUCCCUCCCCUUGGGAGGAGCACACAGGUUAUCUGAAGCAUCUGUUGUACACUGUUUUCAGAUUUUCCCAUGGGAUUAUACACAUUCACUUACAAUGGCAGCUGUCUUCCCUUAUCUGUCCCUUCACUCCCCUACCAGUGUUUCAGCGCCUCUCCCACAAGUAAAUGGCUUGUACUAAAAAAGUGUCAAAUAUAAAUCUUGAGCCAUAUCCUUUCAUUCCCACAGUUAUUCCAAGCAUAUUUUUUGUAAAAUAAAAAUGGUUUAUCAAUCCCAAAUUGUAUAAAACACAUGGGAGAAACCUAGCCAAUCAACACAACUGUUGCCACAUGGAAAGUUACUUGUAUCAAACAUCAAGUUUAAGAAUGUACAAAUGUUCCUUUUAUCAUAUCUAUAGUAAUUACCUAUGCUUUUCCAUUUAAGUGUUUUUAAAACUACAUAUCCCCAUUAUUUUUUCUUUCCCAUUUCCCAGUACAAUAAUGGGAGGAAGAGGAUCCCUCACAUCCACAAGUUUCUAACUGGAAAGAAGGGGCAGUAGAAAACUGCUUAGAGAGUUGUUUUAACCAUUCCCUGUCAGGGCACAUGCCCGGGUUGUGGCUCAACCCCCAGUAGGCGGCGUGCAGGAGGCAGCAGAUUGAUGAUUCUCAUCACUGAUGUUUCUCUUUCUCCCUCUCUCUUAAAUCAAUAAAAACAUAUUUGAGAAAAGCAAAUUAUCUGAAACAAAUCUGGCAUGUUAAGAAUGGAUAAAUCUGGCCGAAACCGGUUUGGCUCAGU